AUGGGGCGAGUCAGGACCAAGACGGUGAAGCGCGCGGCGCGCCAGAUUGUGGAGAAGUACUACGCAAAGUUGACUCUGGACUUCCAGAUCAACAAGAAGAUUGCAGAAGAAGUGGCGCUCAUUCCCUCGAAACGAAUCCGCAAUAAGGUCGCCGGCUUCGUCACUCACCUGAUGAAGCGCAUUCAGAAGGGGCCUGUACGCGGCAUUUCGCUUAAGUUGCAGGAGGAAGAGCGCGAGAGGCGGAUGGAUUUCGUUCCUGAAAAGUCUGAACUCGACGUUGCAACGAUUACAAUCGAUCAGGACACCGAUGAAAUGUUGCAGGCUUUGAAUAUUUCGCUGCCAAAUGUUACUGUAGCCACAGCACACAGAGGAGGGAUGGGGGGUCGCCCCAUGCGCUCGUAA